CUUUUUCUUUCUUUUCCCCUCCAUCCCUCAAACCACCUUUCAAAAUGGCCUUCGGCAAGCUCUACGGUCUUCCUGUAUGUUCUUUCUCUUCCCAGUUAACCCCUAUACUGUGUUCUCUUUAUUUGAAUUUGCUGCCCCGGCAAUUCCUUUGGACAGCGUGGCUAAUUGUGCCUUCCAGGACAACACUCGCUCCAUCGCCAUCCUCGUCGCUGCUAAGAGCAACGACCUGGAGCUGGAGCUUGUUGAGACUCAGGCCAACCCGGCUGCUGACUUCAACACCUCUGCUGAGUACACCCAGAUCCAGCCUCUGGGCAAGAUCCCCGCUUUCGUCGGCGCCAAUGGCUUCUCUCUGUCUGAGGCCAUUGCCAUUGCUGUCUACGUGACCUCCCAGAACGAGAAGACCACCCUCCUUGGAAAGACCAAGCAGGACUAUGCUUCCAUCCUCCGCUGGAUGUCCUUCGCCAACUCUGAGAUUCUCCCCAGCUUCGGUCUUUGGUACCGCCCUCUGCUGGGUCUCAGCCCCUACAACAAGAAGAACGUUGAGGAUGCUUCCAAGGUCGCCCUGAAGAACAUUAGCGUCCUUAACACCCACCUCACCGCUAACACCUACCUCGUUGGCGAGCGCAUCACCCUGGCUGAUUUCUUCACUGCCGCUCUCCUCAACCGCGCUCAGGCUACUGUCAUUGACAAGCAGGUCCGUGCUGACCACCCUGCCUUCUCCAGGUGGUACCAGACCAUCAUCAACCAGCCUGCCUUUGCUGCCGUUGUCACCCCUGUCCUCGUUGAAGAGGCCAUCAAGUACACUCCCCCCAAGAAGGAGGAGAAGCCCAAGAAGGAGGCUGCCCCCGCUCCUGCUGCUGCUGCUGCUGCUCCCGCUGAGGAGGAGGAGAAGCCCGAGAAGAAGGCCAAGCACCCUCUUGAGGCUCUUGGCAAGCCCACUCUCAUCCUCGAUGACUGGAAGCGCUGCUACUCCAACGAGGACACCCGCUCCACUGCUAUGCCCUGGUUCUGGCAGCACUUCAACGCCGAGGAGUACUCUCUGUGGCGUGUGGACUACAAGUACAACGAGGAGCUUAAGCUCACCUUCAUGGCCAACAACCUGAUCGGUGGUUUCAACGCUCGUCUUGAGGCUUCUCGCAAGUUCCUCUUCGGUUGCCAGGGUGUCUAUGGUGCUAACUACGCCUGCGUCAUCAAGGGUGUCUUCAUGGUCCGUGGCCAGGACUUCAAGCCCGCUUUCGAUGUCGCCCCUGACUGGGAGAGCUACGACUUCAUCAAGCUCGACCACACCAAGGAGGAGGACCGCAAGUGCCUUGAGGACUGCUGGUCUUGGGACGCUCCUGUGAUCGUUGACGGCAAGGAGCUCCCCAUGGUUGAUGGCCACGUCUUCAAAUAGACGAAUUCCUUUAGAUGCCGUAGUAGCCAACUCAUGAUGAUAUCCAAAACUUCCUUUUUUUUUUUUUUUUCCC